AUGAGUUGUCAAAAAGACCUCGCAAUGACCUAUGGGAAAUUCUUGGCGGAAUUCUUGAAUCUUGCCAAAUAAUGAUUGCUGAAUGUUAUGUCGUUGCGACUGAUUUUAAGUUCAGAAUACCGCAGUUAAUUCUGCAUAAUGUGUGACUAACUGCAGGUAAAUAUGCCCUACCGUAGGACAUGUACCGACAAAACCAGGGAGGAAGGAGUUGAAAGUGAUUUACACAAACUUGAACUGCGCAAAUCGAAAAUAAACAGACUGAAGCGAAGCCCAAAACCACCAUCACAGCCACCACGCACGGUGGACACCUCAGAUAUUACACAACCAGAGUUCAAGACACCUACCCGCCCUGUUAGAAGCAAAUUUGGCCGUUUGAUCAGUAAGGAAUCACCUUGCAAUGACUCCGAAAAUCAACACGAUAUCAUCUGGGAUCAGAGUUCACCGUCCCCCAUCCGGAAAGAUGGAGGAAUGUAUAAGAGGAGAGGACGGAGAAAAGACGUUUACGUCGGAAAAACAGACGUAACUGAUCUUGUCAGUCGGAUAGCUCCUAAGAACUCGAGACCAGUGGAUUCAGCAGAGUCUGAGCUCCAGUGGAUUGGAGUCAAUGGCAUCCCUUGCACUCCCGAGCUGUCUCAACCAAGGACAAAGACAAAAGCCAUCAAGAAGGACACCCAUGACCAUCUGAAGGAACUGGCCAAACAGUUUGACUUCCAGCUGAUCGGACGUGAGAGGCCUGCCCAGAACCAGAGUCCCACUAAGCCCGCAGACCUGGACGUCGAAGACCUCGAUCUUUUUGCCGACGAAAACCAGGCUCCUUCCAACCCCUCACCGUUCGGGGCCUUCAGGGUCCUGUCUAUCGAUCAGGACAUGGAGGAGGAGGAGGACGACGACAAUGCGCUGUUUAACGAGCUGUUUGACGGGCCCACGGUGAGCAUCGAGAACGGCCUCAGCCAGCCUCUGUCCGGCGUCUCUCAACACGUGAAGCCCGCCGCCGUGUCCACCUCGCAGUGCCCCAGAAACACCCCGGCCGCAGGAAACUCGGACGUGAGGAUACGCAGCCACGCGCCGGAGGUCUCCACCGACGCAACGCAGGUCUCUACUACUGGCCGCGUGGAUGUUGGAUUUGACGACGACUGGGAGGACGACGGUCUGCUUGAUGACUCCAUGGUGAUGGAUAUGACCCAGCACCCAGAACGCUUUGCUCCGCCCAAACACUGUUCCACACAAAAGCCCGUCGCGGCGCAGCAGAGGGUUCUGACUGGCGCCACGGGCCCCACAAAUGUUCCGAACCAGAACCGUCAGUAUGGAGGCAGCAGUAGCAGUAGAGGUUCUAGUUUAUCUCAAGUUCCGACCGCGAUGCACAAAAGUGGGCAGACACUUACACCACCGGGAGUGGACGCCAGUCGCCAAGUCAGAACGUCGUCUGUUGCCGCAGGGUUGCCUAGCAACAACAGGAACGGCUUACGAAGCACUGGGCCUGUUGCGUCUCUGCCACGCGCUCCCUUGGACCUCCCAAACAAAACCAACAUCAAAACAGCGUCUGCAGCACCUGCAGCCGUGACCCGGCCCCUCGUGAGGACCAAGGCUGACGCCAGUGGAGCUCAGCUAUGCCCAGCACAACAGAGACCUACACCAGCCACUGGUGCUCAGUCAAAGCCAUUACAAGGACCCACAUGGGCGAAGCAACAGGUGACUGCUGCAGCCACAGUUGAGGAGAAACCCACAGGUGGCGUGCUCGACGGUGAGGCAGAUAUCCCGGACGACGACCUCGAUCUUUUCUUUGCCUCGGAUGCUGGGUGGGACGACGACGUGGACGACGAUGAUUUGCUCUGCGAAGCGUGCGAUGACGUGGAGUGUGCCAUUCCAGCGGCGGAACAACAAGCGUUCGCCGACGGUCAGAUGCUGAAUCGGACACAAAGUCAGGCCACCCCUCCAUCUGGGAUCACAGUGGGAUGCACAGGGCUUAAAGCUCCCUAUCAGAGUAGACCGCCCACUACUUUUGCCCAGCCUAUUCCACCGAGCAAAACCGUGUAUAGUACAUUGGGAAAUAAGGCAUCAGGUAAGAGUGUGCCUUCGAUGAACCAAAGUACUGCGGCUGUAGUCGGUGGGAGUUCCAGUGCUCAGUACCAAACGAACAUCAUGAGGCCACCCAGUGCUUCUGCUGGCGCAGGAGCCACUUCCUUUGGAGGCUCCUCCCACCACACCACCACAGCCAAUCACAUGGGAGGUGUAAGUUCUAAUACUCAGAGUGGCCAAUCCACAUUCGGUAGUGUUGGCCAAAGGAACUCUAUGAUGAGACCACCAGGUACUACCACCAGUGUGGAACCUCAAAGGCUCACGUACAGUAAAGAGACCACUUCCUUUGAAGGCUCCUCCCACCACACCACUACAGCCAAUCAGCUGGGAGGUAAAGGAGGAGCCAUGGCGGGCUCCAACCAAUCGGCUGUGAGAAUGGGUGGCGGCAGUAGCAGCAGUAGUAACCAGUAUACUUUCAAGAGGCUGCCAAAAAAUAGCAGCACCAGCGCCAGCUGUUUCACAGGGACCACACAAGCUCCCGUCUCCUACCCCACUAACCCGCGGUGUUCCGAGGCCGAGAUCGAGCGCAAGAAGCAGGAGGCGCUCGAGAGGAGACGGCUCCGAAUGCUCGCCACGCAGAACCAAAAGCAGAACCUCAGAGCCCCGUGCUAAGGUCUGGAUCCGGUUCUAAAAAACAGAUCAGGUUCUAAAAAAGUUUCUCUCAACAAUUUGAUAGGAUACAUGAGGUUAAGUUGCUUUACAUUGGCCUUACAUUAUAUUGUACUGGAAUCUUGAAUGAGAUUAGCGAACAUUGCACUAAAUUACAUCGCUGGCUUGAUCAGAUUUCAUAGUCUUUAAAGGCAUGCUCUCCCACAAGAAAGGUUGAAAUUGAUUGGUUAGAAGUUUAUGAUAUAUUAUUAUUAAUACCUAUUAUGGACGGGGUAACAUUUAUGAAGUUAUGAAAGUUUAUACGUUUUUUAAAACCUUAGGCAGGAAUGGGACAUUUUAGAUGUUCAUAAUUCUGUCAUUUCACAUUUCUUGAUUUACAUCGUUUGUUACAUUGAGGAGAUCUACUGUCUUUGUCUUUCAUGAGAAACCUGUUUAUUGGAUGGCUGUCGUGGUCUGUCUUUAUUUAUGUCUGUUAUGUUCUCUAUCAAUGUAUUUUUUUGCCUGACUAUAAAUAAGUGAGUUGGCCUCUUUCAAAAUAGUUUAUUUAUUGAAUGGGAAAAUUAUAAUGGGGAUUUUAAAAAAUGUUUUGUGUUUGAAUA